AUGAACUUCAUCAAGACGGCCAUCUGGGGAGUCGAUCCGCGUGAGCAGCACCGCAAGCUGAAGGCCAUCUUGCGGAAGAACCAGCGGCAGCUUGACAAAUCGCUGCGUGAGCUGGCAGCGCUGAAGGGGAAGACGCAGGUGCUGAUCAAGAAGUCUGCGAAGACGAACGACGUCAAGACGGUGCGGAUAUACGCCAAGGAGCUGUACCAAAUCAACAAGCAGUACGAUCGGAUUUACACGUCGAAGGCGCAGCUGCAGUCUGUGGGGAUGAAAAUAGAGGAGGCGUUCCACAUGAACAAAAUGCAGCAGACCAUGGCGCAGAGCGCUGGGCUGAUGAGGGAGGUGAACUCGCUCGUGAGCGUGCCGCAGCUGCGCAGCACGAUGAUGGAGCUGGAGAAGGAGCUGCUGCGGUCCGGCAUUGUCAGCGAGAUGGUGAACGACUCGCUGGAGAACAUCGACAUGACCGUCGACGACGAGGAGGUGGACGAGCAGGUGGAGCAAAUCGUGAUGCAGUACACCGGUGCCAAGUUCAAUGCUGUUGAUAACGUGCCAGAAACGCAGCUGGAACGGCAGGAUGCCCUGGAGGAGGUGGUCCCCGAGGAAGACAUCAAAGACGAGGCGGACAACAUGUUGCGCGAGAUGCGCGAACGACUCAAUGCACUGCAGGGCUGA